AUGGCAAGUGCCCUGUGCAACAGGCUGAACCGGCUGCGCACUCCCAGCAAUGGCGUCGAGUUUGCUGCUGUGGUGCCCAUGGAUGGAUUUCAUUACUACAAAGCCCAGCUGGAUAGCAUGAAGGACCCCAUGAAGGCCUAUUUGCAUCGUGGUGCGCACUGGACUUUUGAUGCAGCAGGCUUUGUGGCUGCCUUGAGGCGAAUCCGAGAGACUGGCGCUGCAAGCCUGCCGAGCUUCGAUCAUGGCCGCGGAGACCCUGUUGAGGAUGACAUCAAGGUGCAGAGUGGAACAAGGCUGGUCAUCGUUGAGGGCAACUACCUUCUCCUGGGUGGGUAA